GCGUCGCGUCGAGGGCGGGGAGGGAGGAAGAAAAACUGCGGGGCGAAAGUGAGGAGAGGAGGAAGAAAAAAACGCCUCGAACCACGGCGAAAAAUCACAGCGUGGACGUCUAACCGUGUAUGGACCGUCGUUUGGCGGAUUCUAUGAUGAGGAGCGAGCCUGUGCUUUUGUCUUCCAGCGGGGCAAUGGAGGAGUUGGUGUACGAGCUCCGGCUGUUCCUGGACCUGCUGGACCGGGAAUAUCUCAGCGCCGGAAUCCGAGAGAAGAAAACACACCUCUCCAACAUCCUCAACCGAGUCCUCUCGAAAAAAGAGCCAUUAUGUAAAGCAGAGAUCCACAGUGGACUACCCGCACCCCCACAAAUGCCGCUGCCUGAAAUCCCUCACCCAUGGCUGGCUCCAAACGACGGCCCUCCUCCUCUACCCAGCUCCUCGCUACCGGAAGGUUACUACGAAGAAGCGGUGCCUUUAACCCCCGGCAAAGCGCCGGAAUACAUCACAUCGAACUACGAUUCGGACGCUAUGAGCAGCUCCUACGAGUCGUACGACGAGGAAGAAGAGGACGACAAGGGUCGCAAGACGCGCCACCAGUGGCCCUCCGAAGAGGCCUCCAUGGAUUUGGUGAAGGACGCUCGGAUCUGCGCUUUCCUGCUGCGCAAGAAACGCUUUGGCCAGUGGUCCAAGCUUCUCUGCGUCAUUAAAGAUAACAAACUUCUGUGUUACAAAUCGUCCAAAGACCAGACGCCGCAAAUGGAGCUGACCCUGUCGGGUUGCAGCAUCAGCCACGUCCCCAAAGACGGCAAGAAGAAACGCCACGAGCUGAAGAUUGUCCACCAGGGGGCAGAUGCCCUGGUGCUUGCCGUGCAGAGCAAAGAACAGGCAGAGGAGUGGCUCAAGGUCAUGAGAGAGGUGUGCGGUAAUGGGACUUAUGAAUUGGAUCGCUCCGGAUCCCCAGUCCACAAACCUGAACUGGAAAAGAAAUCCUCGUCCGACAGGCCAAGCUCGGACGGCGAAGCGGCGCACGAGAACGGACACGUGGACAACAAGGACCACGGUACCGAUCACUACGGGGAUCUCGUUUCGCGAGCGUUCCGUGCCAAUUCAUCCGUGGGAUCCUUCUGUGGUGGCAUUCCAGGAAAAGGAAAAAAGAAUUCCAAGUCGGAGCAGGGCAAGACCGGCACGGUCGGGAAAGGCGCCGGGAAGAAGAUCACCAAGAUCAUCGGGCUGGGCAAGAAGAAGCCCUCCGUGGAUGAGCAGACUUCAUCGGCGGAGGAAGAUGUCCCCACGAGUGGCUACCUGAACGUGCUGUCCAAUAACCAGUGGCGGGAGCGCUGGUGCCGCCUCAAAGACAACCAGCUGCUGCUGCACAAAGACCAGGAUGACCUGAAGAGCCACAUGGCUUCGCUGCCCCUCCGAGGCUGCGAGGUCAGCCCCGGCCUGGACCACAAGCACCCUUUCGCCUUCCGCUUGCUACGUAAUGGUCAGGAGGUGGCCGUACUGGAGGCAUCCUCCUCCGAAGCCAUGGGUCGCUGGCUGGGGGUCUUACUGGCCGAGACGGGCUCCGCUGCGGACCCGGCCAACUUGCAUUACGACUACAUCGACGUGGAGACCACCGCCAACGUAAUCCAGCUGGCCAAACAGUCGCUCUGUUUUACCAGUAAGCGUGCGGUCUCCCCGAACCCGUACGCCUGCCCCAGCGGGACGGCGCUGCACUACCACGACGUACCCAUCAACGGAAUGCACUCCGGUCCCGACACAGGUGGGAAGAAAGCGCACGAUGACAACUCCUACGAAAACGUGCCCGAGGCCAAGCUCAAGUCCGCCUCUUCAAAUCACUCUAAGACACCCGUUUGUAAAGUCUCUUCUAAGUUCCUCACUGCUGACACUAAAACCAAAGCUGGCGCUCAGCUUAAGGGGAAGAAGGGGAGCGCAAGCAGCGGGCUCGCAUCCAAACUGAAGGCAGAUCCGAGAAGUCAGCAAAAGAAGAACGGAGUCGCUGCUAUGAACGGGACAGCGUCGCUGAAACGCAGCAACUCCGACGCGGAGCAAUGUAAAUACGGGAAAAACCGCGUGGAGGCAGACGCCAAGCGGCUGCAGGCCAAAGACGACGAGCUGACCAAGAAGAAACUCGACAUCCGGAACCAUCUGGCCGCUCUGAAGAAGGAACGCAAGGACCUGCGUAGCGCUAUUGAGGCGGCGUCAGGCAAGCGAUCGCAGGCCUCCGUGUCGGAACGACUGAAGAAGGUGGAGGACGAGUGCAGACAGAAGGAAGAAGAGCGAGUCAACCUGGAGCUGGAGCUGACCGAGGUCAAAGGCAGCCUGAAGAAGGCGCUGAGCGGCGGGGUCACCCUGGGCCUCACCAUCGAACCCAAAGCUGCUCCGGCGGCCGUCCAGUCACCGGCAGCGUUACGACGGGUGCAGGAGUCCUCGCCCUUCUCCAGCUGCGACACCAGCGACACGGAGACCUGCUCCCUGCCCGUCAACAGCGCCUCGCUGCUGCGCCGGCAGCGCGCCGUCCCCAAGGCGUCGCCGGUGCGAGGACACGUCCUCAGGAAGGCCAAGGAAUGGGAACAGAAGAGCGGAACAUAAAUCCCUUCAGCUUGCUCUCAGGCUACGUUCACACUGCAGAGCAUCAUGCCCACUUUGGAUUUUUUGGGGUCAAGUCCAAUCUUUUUAUGUCGUCAUUCGCAUUCCAAAUAACAAAUGCGACUUCUGAUGCCCGCGACGUCACACGCACGCAGAGAAAACAGGACGCCGCAUGACGCCGCAUUGUGCACGCGCACGAACGACCUGUACGGCCACACUGCAUUCGCAUCGGCUACGUAAUCUUAUCUGAUUUAUGUCCACAUAUGAAAGAGGAUAUAAAAACAAAACUGUAAAAUUGUACUGUUCGCAUUGACACGGAACAAAUAUCUGAUACAUGACACAUUGGGCAAAAAAACAAAAAUGGAAUUGGCCUGCAGCGUGAACAUAGCCUUAAGGUUCUUUUCUUUAGGUGACAUUACAGAUGUAUUUAUUCAAAACGGUCUUUCCGCACACUCUUAUGUAUUAACCAUAAAACCAAAAAAAACAAAGAAACGCUGGUUUUCUGACACUUUUCUACUGUUGAGCACGCUUCGUGUACAUACUGUAUCUGUGCAUAUUGUGUUGCCCGAUUUUUGUUUGUUAUUUUUGUCUUUCACUCCAAGGUCUCUCUCAGCAGAUUCAGUCCAAAUCCAAUAUUUAUUUGUAAAUGUUUCCAGAAAAAAAAAAGAAGUAGCUUCCCUCUAUUUAUGUUGAUAUAUUUAAAGUAUAUAUGUAGAAAAUGAAUUGAAAAAAAUGACGCAUUUUGGGUCCAGACCCCAAGUUUGGGAACCUUCCUUUAACCUGUUGAUACUGUUGUUGUUGUUGUUUUUUUUGGUUUGUUUUUUGGUCACGCUGGUGGCGCUAAAUCGCUCCCUACCAAAUAUUGCAACCACUCUGAAAAGAAAAAAAAUCAAAUAACUAGUCGACCAUUCCCAGUUCCUAUACACAUUAUGUUCUUAUUUUGUUAUUGACUGACGCAUUGACACUUUUGUUUUACGUAACAUCCCCCCAGAAAAAUCUCAAUUUACAAAGACCAAGUACCGAUAUUAUUGUAAUUUUAAAGGAAUAAAGUUGUUACUUUAUGAGAAGCAAGUCAUAAUUUUACAAUAUUACAAGCUUCAAAAAAUUCAAUGAACAAAGUUUGAAGAUAAAGUUGUAAUUUAAUGAGACAAGAAGAAAGUCCCAAUUGUACAACAUUACAAGGGGAGGGGAGACAAAUUCAAAGAUAAAGACGUCAUUUAUAAUGAAAAAGUUGUCCUUUUGGAGAAUAUUUCAACAAGAUCUGCGAUGUGACGGGGGAACAAAAAGAGUUACAAGAGAAAGUUCUAAUUUGAUGAGAAACAAGUUUUGAUUUUACAAUAUUGCAAUCUCAUUUCACAAAGAGAAGUUCAGAGAUAAAAGUUGUUAUUUCGGAAGACUUUUCCACGAAAUAAGGCAAUAUUUCAAGGCAAUCCUUUUUGUUUGCAGUGUAGCCCUAAAGGUCCUUGGUUGUCUAAAAUAAUGGCUAAUAACGUUUCGUAUGGUAAGUAUGCUGUUAGCAUGAUGUGGCUUUCCUCUGCCAAUAAAUGUGAACCUGCCAUAUGUAGCAUAGUUUAGCUUGGCAGAUGGUUUUGGGGAGGAGUUUUCUUUGUUUGUCUGGUGCACCUUAUCAAUGUUUGACUUCAUUUCAUAUUGGACAGUCGCCACCUUGACGACAGCAACACGCUUUGUACAUAGAUUGAGAGACCUUCUGUGUUGACCGAAUGAUAAUAAAUCUCUUCAAAAAGUU